AGUUGUGACACUACAGAUGCAGAAUUGAAACUGAGAACAUUGUCAUUUUAUUUUGGCCAUCUGCUCUCAUUUGUUCCUCUUAGCAUCUGUACUUAGGUGACAGGAAAACCAAAAAAAAGUCAAAGAAAUACUGAUAAAUUCACGUUGGAACGCACUGGUUUUUAUCAAGAUGCACUGCCUUGCACAUAUGUUUAUGGUUUUGUGGCUGGUCGUGCUCCUGGGCUUAGUAUUCUGCCAGGAUACAUGCCGGGUACAAGAUGGUAAGCCUGGACAAACUGGCGCACCUGGUAGAGAUGGCCGUUUUGGACAGAAAGGGCAGAAAGGGGAAGCAGCUCCCUGGAUGGGCACAGAUAUGAAGACUGGUGUUAAGGGGAGCAGAGGAGAUAGGGGGUUUCCGGGAUCAAUGGGGCCGAAGGGGUACAGAGGAGAAAAUGGGCAAAUGGGAAUGCCUGGAAUCAAGGGUGCCCCAGGACCAACGGGACACAGUGGUGGUGGCCUUGAAGGACAGCAACAUUCAGCAUUCUCUGUUGAGCGAACCCUGAAGAAUAAACCAAACAAUGGGGUACCGGUGACCUUCAACACUGUCCUCGCAGACAUCAAUAGUGACUUUAACAUUGUGACUGGCUACUUCACCUGCAAGACAGCUGGAGUCUAUUAUUUUGUCUUCCAUUCUAUGUCCAUUGGAAACCUGUGUCUGGCUCUGAAGAGCGAUGUCCUGGGCACGGAGAGUCUGGGGUUCUGUGACUUCAACAAAAAUGGAAACACCCAGGUGCUCUCCGGAGGAGGGGUCCUCAAGCUCUCCAAGGGCGAGAAGGUGUGGGUGGAGCCAUUUAAGGAGGGCUCCAACCUUGCCAAUCAUAUGACCAACACCCAGAGCAGGUCCAUUGUCUUCAAUGGCUUCCUAGUUUUUUCCUCUGCAGAUUAGUGAGCUUGGGCACCAGUGCCUGUGGUUAUCGAGUUGAUCUCAGCAACAGGGUUCCCUUGUCCAUAUCAUGAACCCGUUAUCCAUGGUCAGCUAGAAAGGCGAAACUGAUCCUAGAUUAAGGCCUUCAUUCAAAAUGUGUCUCACAGUAGGCGUGCUGCUCUAAGGUCAGCAUCAUCCUACAUUCACAUAAUGGGGAAGGUUUGGAUAAUGAUCCGAAAUCAACACUCCUGUUCUGAGACACUAUAGGAAUAUGGACCCAGGUACUUCAAGGCAAUCAAUAUUCUCUCUUCUGCUGCUUCUCUUUAAAUUUUAUAUUGCCAAUACAGGUGUAAUCCCCAGUUUUAUUUUGCUUUAUCUUCCUUUAGCAAUCUGUAACAAGUUUUUACUUUUAAAAAAUCCCUGUCUAUUCUUAAAUUGGUAUAAUAUGAUGCCUGAUAUACAUGCUGUGAUAUGAUGGAUUAAGUCAUAUACUGUAUUUUAAACUACUCUGCUUAUUACUUGUGUUUACAUCCCUGUCUCUACAUUAUAAAAGACACUGGUUUAAAGGAAAAUGUAAAUAAUAAUAAACAACACAUUUCAUUAA